UUUAGCGGGUGUUUUUGGUUGUAGCUAUUCCUGUUGAGUAAUGCAAUUCCAACACAAGUAACUUUAGCGGGACAGGAGAAGCUUUACAGCUGGAUAUUAGAAGAAAGCCCGCUUAUUUAAGAAAUGAAAGUUAUGUUGAUUUGAGUUAAACAACGUACCACCAGUAAGUCUGUGCAAUUAGAGAUACUGUACGUUGGUAUAGACAACUUUAUCUUCUUACGUUACGUAGGAAACGCUGAAGAAGAUGGAAGUUGAAUGUCUAGCUUUGAGAGAUCUCAUCAGUCCAAAGAAGAGCAAAGCAGACAUGGAGGAAGUUGGAGGCAGAAAUGAUCAGAAGGAGAACAGAUGUGUGGAGCGAAGAAGAACCACCCCUCACAAGAUGGACACCACGGCCACCAUGCUGCUGUACGGCAGUAAGCCUCCCACCCCGGAACACCUCCAUAGCACCCCUGUUAAGCCUUCUGAGUGGGGGGCACCUCCUCACGCGGACCCCUGGACCCCCACUGCCAACCUCAGGAUGCUCAUCAGUGCUGCCAGCCCUGACAUCCGCGACAGAGAGAUGAAGAAGGUUCUGUUUAGGCCCAUUGAGAAUGAGAGAGCAGUGGAGGAUGUCGAGGUGGAUGGCCCGUGCCAGUUUGAUGUGGUGGACGAGGAGGAGGAAGAGGGGGAAAGGAAGCCCAGCAGGAAGCAGAAGAGCCUGGGCCUGCUGUGCCAGAAGUUCCUGGCCCUGUAUCCGGACUAUCCAACCUCUGACACCAUCAGUAUCUCAUUGGAUGAGGUGUCUACCAGCCUGGGGGUGGAGCGGCGGCGAAUCUACGACAUCAUAAACGUCCUGGAGUCUCUGAUGAUCGUAGGGCGUGUAGCUAAGAACCAGUACGUGUGGUACGGGCGGCGGCGCCUGGGGUCCACCCUGGCCGAGCUGCAGGGGAUGGGCAGGCAGCAGCGCUACCACCUGCACAUGGAGCAGGCCGGGGAGGGCGGUCACAGAGAGGGAGCCACCACACACACCCCAGAGGGAGGGGAAGGAGACUCCAGCUGUGCGGCCGCCAGCACCAGGAAAGACAAGUCCCUACGCAUCAUGAGUCAGAAGUUUGUCAUGCUCUUCCUGGUGUCCAGGACCCAGACUGUCACUCUGGACGUGGCCGCCAAAAUCCUCAUCGAGGAAAGCCAGGACCCCGCCAGCCACAGCAAGUACAAAACUAAGGUGCGGCGGCUGUAUGACAUCGCCAACGUCCUGACGAGUCUGGGAUUGAUCAAGAAGGUCCACGUCCGGGAGGAGAGGGGGAGGAAGCCUGCGUUCAAAUGGAUCGGCCCGGCAGACUUCCACAGCAGCCAUGAGGACUCGGAAGCUGUGGCGGCCAUCGCUCUUCCGGGUGGCAGGAAACAGAAGCUGGCACGCCAUGCCUCCUUCAGUGUGGUGCCCACCUCUGUGGCCAGCCAACGCCGUGUCAACUCGGCGCCCAGCAGCCCACGCAGAGAGGUCACGGGUCUGCUUCCCCAGUCAGUGAACUAUUCCAGAAGGUGUGUGAGCAGCAGCGCGGUGUGCCGGCUGCAGUUUGGAACCACUGUUACAGGUGUCUCCCACCCCAGCGGCGGACUUCAGAGCCCCACCCACAGUGACGGCAACUCCCUGCUCUGCUCCCCGGGUCUAGCCCCCCUGGCCGUGCCCGUCCACCCAGAGGGUUCAUACGUGGGACCCCUGUCCCCACAACCCCCAUUUCCCCCCCAUCCCCACCACAUGGCGUAUCUACCCAGCAUGUCCCAGGCCUCGGUGGUCAUGCUGUACGGAGGUCCGGCGGCGCAGGAUGGGCUUGACUGCUUUACCACGGAAGUUCAAAGGUCACCGGGGUCAGGGUCCAGAGAGAGCAUCCUGGGGAAGAGGAAGCAGGAUGAAGGAGUGGAGGAGAAGAGGGAGUCGCCUGAGACGGAGCUAUCUGAUAGGAGGAGGAGUGUGGAGGGAAACAGCUGUCAGAUGACCACCAGCCCAAGGACCAGCUCCCUGGGGCACCCAGGGGGGCUCGUCAGGGAAGAGGCCCCAUUGAGAGUCCUCAGAGACGGGGAGGUGGGCAGACAGAGCCCCCACAACAACCUGGUCCAGCCUUCACACUACCUCUAUGUGCCUAACUCUGCAGGUCUCAACAGUCUCAACUUCCUCCUCUCUGCUGGUCAGACGACAGGCGGCCUGACUCUACCUGCUGGCACCCUGCCCUAUGUCCUCGUGUCCUCCUCCACCCUCUCCCCCUACCCACUCAUGGCCAACAGGGGCGAUGCCAAUCUCAAUUUCAACAUGUCUGCCAUGAUGUCCCCCGCCUGCUUCGUGGUGGGAUCCGCCGGGCCCUACGCAGUGGCCGGAGCCCCGGAGUUCAAUGGGGUGGCAGUGGCGCCGGCCCUCUCCAGUCCAGAGCAGCACAGGCUGUUCGGGUCGGCACCCAUACCUCCACAUUCUCCCUUGGAGUCCAGGCCGCCUCUGACCUUCAUCCAGACAGAGACACAGACACCACAGACUCCCAAGGAGGCGGCAGCUGGCGGUGGCUCCAAGGCCUUCUUCCAGACGCCGGGGACCCUGGGAACGGCCACCACAACCCCCGUGGCCCGCCGACGAGGCUCCGCCCAGAGGAGGCUGGACAUCGGCCAACCACUGACCAAUUAGAAGUCUGGGGACCUUUUAGAGUGGGCGUGGCUGUUAGUUAUAACCUGAAAGGCUGCCUAGUGGCCCGAGAGGAAUGGACAAAUGUUUCUCUCCGGCUAAACGUGCUCUGACUGCGCUGGCUCUGGCUUUACUCCCCACUGACUCUCAGGGUUUCUUCUGUAUGACCUGUUGGUUUCAUACCACUGGUGCUUCGCCUUAUUACUAGUGAAUGAAUGCUAGUCUAUACGAUUCCUCCUUUAAGUGCCUCAUCAUGUAGGGCGAAGUUGCCCCUAGACUCUGAUUUUGGGCCAGUUUGCAUUUUCCCCACUAAUGGUUAAGGUUAGGAUUGGGGGAAGGGAAGCUGAUCCUAGGGGAAACUUCACCCUUGACUUCCUCAUGAUUGGACUGUGGGACACCGAUAACUAUCAGAGGACUCCAGGAAGCAGUGUUGUCUUUUGUUUUAGUGCCCUCCUGUGGUGGGAGUUAGGUACCUCUCAUAUUUAUUUUUCUAGUGUAUCUUCCAUAGAAAGAUUGAGCUACCUUGGUAAUCGCUCCACCCAUUACUUUAUUAUAUCUCAACGUUAUUUAUAUAUUAACUAAUAUAUCUGUUGACUAUUGGGACUGUUGAGUAGCAAUUCUGAUGAUGUUACUCUACUUUUAGCACUAAGUAUUUAAGAAUAUACGUCUGAUUUGAGAGUUUCGCUGGCUCCGUAGGGAUUGGGUAAAAACGGUAUCUGAUUUGAGAGUGUCGCUGGCUCCGUAGGGAUUGGGUAAAAACGGUAUCUGAUUUUGAGAGUGUCGCUGGCUCCGUAGGGAUUGGGUAAAAACGGUAUCUGAUUUUGAGAGUUUCGCUGGCUCCGUAGGGAUUGGGUAAAAACGGUAUCUGAUUUUGAGAGUGACGCUGGCUCCGUAGGGAUUGGGUAAAAACGGUAUCCGUAGGAAAAGGGAAAACAGUUGAUCAUAGGUGAAUGAUAUCUGUGGGAGCGGAAAGGUUUCCCAUGAAGACACAUUUCAGAAGCUGGUGUUGGUAAUAAGUCAUGAUGUAGAAGAGAUAUCGAUACGCUUCUCGGUUGCACUUCUAGCGUGUUACUGACCUGGCUCCAAGAGAGGUUUAAAAACCACUGCUUUUCACUGUGCAAAUUAGGUCUUAACUUAACUCAAACUAUAUUUUGCUAUGUGUUUCAUUAGUCCAUUGUUGAUAUAGUCCAAAAAUGUUUUGGGUGGAGUUUUCCUAAGCAGUCACAGCAACACAUUGGUGAGCGUAAGGCCUACAAAAUGGCUGCCAAGGUUUUUGGUACAAAGACUGGCAUCUUGGCCACUCCAAAGGGUUAUGUAUUUUUACAACACUAAUGUGGUUUACAGGUUUCCAAUUGUUGGGCUUUAAGAAUGAUCCCAAAUACCAGCAUCGCUCUCUGUCAAUGUGUAUGUGCUUACGCCACCGCAUGCAAGGUGAAAACUAAAUGUGAAAUGAUUUGAUGAUGUUACAAGAUACUUGAAUUACUUAGUUAUCCAGCGGUAUACACUGGAGACUAGAGAGAAAUAUCAAAGUACUGUAUUUAAUGCAUUAAAUGACGUGCAUUAGAGUUUGGCCUCUGGAAUAUUUUGGGGGGGAGUAAUUGAGGAAAAGUUACAUUACACCAAAGGGUGCUGAUCAUCUACUUGAACUGUAGAACACAGGAGGUUGGUGGCACCUUAAUUGGGGAGGACGGGCUCAUGCUAAUGACUGGAGCGGUAUCAAAUACAGCACACAUGGCUUACAUGUGUUUGAUGCCAUUCCAUUUGCUCCGUUCAGGCCGUUAUUAUGAGCCGUCCCCGUCAGCGGCCUCCACUGCUGUAGAUGUGUUGUUCAUGUACACAAAUCUUUCUUUUUUUUUUUACCAGUAAUUAUUUUUGUAUAUUGUAUUCAUAUGUUUUUAAUUAUUACUUCAAAACCUUGAAAUGUUUAAUUUAAUGCUGCUUCUUAUCAUAAAAUAAUAAUUGCACUGCUAGUUUCUGUAGUUAUCUGUCCGCUGCUUUGUAGGAAACCUUUUCUAACAUUACAACACAUAGUUAUUUUCACAGUGCUUACUACUAGCUGUGUGUAUGUUAUGGGACAAACAGUUUCUUUCUCUAGACAUCCACAACCUUUGUAAUAAAAAA